UUUCACAGUAGCUAAACUAGCUUGUUUCUGAGAAUACAGAAUACACUGGGGGACACACACACAAAACCCCACCACACAGCUGCACACAGGAGACUCAGCCGACCAAACGGAGUCAAGUCUACGGUCUCUACUCGGACUCGCCAGGGAUAAACAAGAAGAAAUCUGUGCCUCUUUGAGGAACGUAAAACGAAACAGGAUAUCAAAACGUUCUCCCGCGUCGUCAGAUUCGGUCGAACGCACCGAUCUCGGCGGCUCGUCCGGGGAUUCCUUCUGGCUACUGUAGCAAGAGGAAAGCGUCUUGGGUAGCGCGCAAGCAAGGGAGGAAAAAAAGAAACGUACGGUCACAACACUUGACUCGAGGAAGACGCUGACAGGCAGCUGACAUUAGAAGACAAAAUAUGCUCUUAGGUUGUUCGUUUAUCUUCCGUUGUAUGUUGGUUAGCUAGCAAGUUUCUGUCGGUCGCCCGGUGAAAGACUCAACUUCCAGUGGAAGUCAAGUGGCGAGAGACCGUGGACGGUUGACAAGCUAACGUUAGCUAGCCAAUUUCCUCCUUCCAACGCCCCCUCCCCCCAUCAUAACAGCUAGCUAGCCACUGGUGUCUCCACGCCAGAGCCCACAACACUGGGUGAAAGAAAUGAUUAUGGUCAAAUUUGUGUGCGGUUUGAAAUGACGUGCAUUUGCCCGAAGAUCAGGAUUCGUUAGCUGAGAUCGCUAACUGCAUGAGUGGGUUUCGUGUCGGUGCGAUAAAGCGGUUGGUAGCUAGCGCUAGCUAUCUACGCUAGCUCAGUGAGUAUAUUAUCUAACGUUAGCUGGUUAGUUCAAAUUGAACUGGCUACAGUUACAGGAUUAGCUACUUGCUAGCUACUGUAAGUAACUCGCUACCAAGUAGCAACGUUUUGCACAGCAGUUGGUCGUAGCAAACAAUUGUCCCCUAGUUAAAUUUAGAAUCUAACGUUAACUGGCUGAUUUCGUGGCAUCAUUUGUAUAAAUAUUGCAUAUAGUUACUGUAGUGCCAAUAACAUAUUGUUGUUUUGUUGUUAGCUAGAUAGAUUUUUUGUCGGGUAUCUAGCUGAUUGUUUAAGCAUAUUUUUUGUUGUUGCAUGCUGGCCUGGAUAUUCAACUAGCAACCUGCGUCUGUAUGGCGACGUUGUACGAUGUAUGUCCUCUGAUCAAGAAUAACAUUGUAGACAGACAGGAAGCCAACAACUGGCGAUAUGAAAGCAACGCUGGCAAUUGUUUUGAUUGUUCAUUUUGGUGAAUACGUGUGAACCUACCUUAUUCGACAUCUGGACUAUUCAAUUCGUGGUCGGAUUAUUAUUUUUUUUUACACAGGCGAGCUGGCUUGCUCUUGUUAUUUUAGCUUUCUACCCUUGUCAUCGGCCCAUCUUUGUCGAUGCUUAAUGUUUUGUUUUAUAUUAAAGCAUAGGCGACAAGAAACAGUUGGGAAGCUUGGAACAUACGUCUUGCUGGAGUCACACGUACCGCAAUAUUUACAUUAUUUUUUUAGCUUGCCAAGAAGAUAAAACAAAUCAUCCAGGAUCAGUGGGGUUUGACAGUUAUUAGCUAACUAGCUGGCUCGCUAGUUAGCCAAAUCUAGCAGGUGGUCCAUCUAAAUAAGUGAAGCGCUCUGAAUGUGUGGAGGGGGGUGCAGAAACGAAAAUCUCAUCAAUCUUGUCUGCCAUUUAUUUUUAACUGCUUAUAUUCAGGGGGCCAUGAAACCACCACACACGUUUUGCACAUAACGGAACCUUAUUGAUGGAAGAAAAGAAGAACAAAAACACACCCAGAUGAGUGAACUCUCCAUAAACUAGUCAUCUAGUGAGCUAUCAAUUUGUUUUUCUGUCACAAUGGUUGUGUUUUGAGAGACCGUGUUUGCCAAACCUAGAGGAAGAAAACGAAACGCACCAUUCGAUGGUCGCCCCUUGUCAUCCGCAUAGCUGUCUUGGUCGCCCUGGUUGGAUCUAGCUAGAUUCCGUGGACAUUCGCUUUGUCUUUCCUAUAUAUAAAAACAAAAAAACGUUCCCACGACAGGUGUUGUGUCCACUCAAGGUUGAAGAUGGCGGACCUCGAAGCAGUUCUCGCCGAUGUCAGCUAUUUGAUGGCGAUGGAGAAGAGCAAAUCUACUCCAGCGGCCCGGGCGAGCAAGAAAAUCAUACUGCCUGAACCCAGUAUUCGCAGUGUGAUGCAGAAGUACCUAGAGGAGAGAGAUGAGCUAACGUUCGACAAAAUCUUCAACCAGAAGAUUGGUUUUCUGCUGUUCAAAGAUUUCUGUUUGACUGAAAUCGACGAGGCCGUGCCACAGCUCAAGUUCUACGAAGAGAUUAAGGACUACGAGAAGCUGGACUCUGAAGAGGAGAGGUUGUGCCGUAGCAGACAGAUCUAUGACGGAUACAUCAUGAAGGAACUCCUCUCCUGCUCACAUGCCUUCUCUAAGAAAGCAGUGGAUCACGUUCAGACUCACCUGGCCAAGAAGCAGGUGCCUCCCUCUCUCUUCCAGCCGUACAUCGUGGAGAUCUGUGACAGCCUGCGAGGGGUGAUCUUCCAGAAGUUCAUAGAGAGUGACAAGUUCACUCGUUUCUGCCAGUGGAAGAAUGUGGAGCUGAACAUCCAUUUGUCGAUGAAUGACUUCAGUGUCCAUCGUAUCAUUGGUCGGGGGGGUUUCGGGGAGGUGUACGGCUGCAGGAAGGCUGACACUGGCAAGAUGUAUGCCAUGAAGUGUUUGGAUAAGAAAAGGAUCAAGAUGAAGCAGGGGGAGACUCUGGCUCUGAACGAGAGAAUUAUGCUGUCACUUGUCAGCACAGGGGACUGUCCGUUCAUAGUGUGCAUGACGUACGCCUUCCACACACCAGACAAACUCUGCUUCAUUCUGGACCUGAUGAACGGAGGGGACCUGCACUACCACCUGUCUCAGCACGGUGUGUUCAGUGAGAAGGAGAUGCGUUUCUACGCAGCAGAGAUCAUCCUGGGACUAGAACACAUGCACAACCGCUUCGUCGUCUACAGAGACCUCAAGCCUGCUAACAUCCUAUUGGAUGAGCAUGGUCACGUGCGUAUCUCAGACCUGGGUCUGGCCUGCGACUUCUCCAAGAAGAAGCCUCACGCCAGUGUUGGUACCCAUGGGUACAUGGCCCCGGAGGUGCUUCAGAAGGGGACGGCGUACGACAGCAGCGCCGACUGGUUCUCACUGGGCUGCAUGCUCUUCAAACUCCUCCGAGGGCACAGUCCCUUCAGACAGCACAAGACCAAAGACAAACACGAGAUUGACCGCAUGACGCUCACUAUGAAUGUGGAGCUGCCAGACUCGUUCUCUGUGGAGCUGAAGGGUCUGUUGGAGGGUCUGCUGCAGAGAGACGUGGCCAAGAGACUGGGCUGCUUGGGACGAGGCGCCCCAGAGGUGAAGGAGCAUCUGUUCUUCAAAGGCAUCGACUGGCAGCAAGUGUAUCUUCAGAAGUAUUCUCCCCCUCUCAUCCCUCCAAGGGGAGAGGUAAAUGCAGCAGAUGCAUUUGACAUUGGCUCCUUUGAUGAAGAGGACACCAAGGGUAUCAAGUUGUUGGACAGUGACCAGGAGUUGUAUAAGAACUUCCCCCUGGUCAUCUCAGAGCGCUGGCAGCAGGAGGUGGCUGAGACGGUGUACGAGGCGGUCAACUCCGACACAGACAAGAACGAGGCCCGCAAGAGGACCAAGAACAAACCGCUGGGCAACGAGGAGGACUAUGCCCUGGGUAAGGACUGUAUAAUGCACGGCUACAUGUUAAAGCUGGGGAACCCGUUUCUGACACAGUGGCAGCGCCGGUACUUCUACCUGUUCCCCAACCGAGUGGAGUGGAGGGGAGAGGGGGAGUCACGGCAAAACCUGCUGACGAUGGAGCAGAUCGUGACGGUGGAGGAGACGCAGAUUAAAGAUAAGAAGUGCAUCCUGCUGCGCAUCAAAGGAGGGAAGCAGUUUGUCCUGCAGUGUGAGAGUGACCCAGAGUUUGUCCAGUGGAAGAAAGAGCUGACCGAGGCGUUCACUGAGGCCCAGAAGCUGCUGCGUCGAGCCCCUAAGGUCAUCGGGAAGGGUCGGGCUGGUGUGGUGGAGUUCUCUAAACCUCCGCUCACACACCGCAACAGCAACGGCUUGUAGGCCGCGCACACACACACACACACACACACACACCGCAUCCUAUAACCUCAUCCCCUAUGAACCCGCCCGCCCCAAGUCCUAGACACACACACACACACACACACACCGAAAGGCAAAAACGUACCAUCGGACCAUGCGUGUACCUAAAGAGCGCCCUCCCUCUCCGACCGCACCCUGGAGCGAGACCCUUCGGUAGGAUGCCACGCAUCCCUCUUCCUCUCGCCCCCAAUGGACCAGCAUUCCACACAGCCAACCUCACACGCGCGCGAGCACCAACUGAACCCGGCAGAGCAGCAAACGCCAGUCCCGAAUAGGAGAGGGAAGACUAGGGCACCUGUCCCCACCUCCUCCUCCUCUCCACCCAUCCCUCCCUCUGUCUCUCCCCCCCAGCCUCGUCUUGAGACUGGACACGAGCCACACGCACCUAUCGGCCGCUCUCCACGGGAUUGGCUGGCUGUAGUGGAGGGGCGGGGACCUAAAGCAGGAUGUGAGUAUCUGGACCAAUGGCACCGCUUGGAGAGAGGGAGGCCGGACCAAUAACUUUCCUCUCCUGUGAGCUCGUGAAGAGAGGAAAGGAGAGACUGAGUGGCGGGGAGAAAAGCGGAAAAGAUGGUGGGAGGAGGACAGGAAGCAGAGACCUGCCAGGACAUACCGAGAGAAUGGCAGUGAACUGCGUGUGUGGACGCUGUUGUACCUGUGUGUUGGGGGUGUGUGUGUGUGUCCAGAGAUGGGGCCAAAGAGGUUGCCAGCAGGUUUCAUUCCUUCCACAGAGAGCGACAAAGGAGAGAAAGAUGACUGCUUUGACUUUCUGAAGAGACUUUUUCCCUCUUCUCCUCCAUCCCUCCCUCCAUCCCUCCCUCCAUCUUCCCUCCAUCUUCCCUCCAUCUUCCCUCCAUCCCUCCCUCCAUCUUCCCUCCAUCCCUCCC